GGCCUGUGCGUCAGUCCGCGUCUGUCGGCCCGCGUGAUCACCACGCCCCGUCCCUGCCCCGUCCACGCCACCAUGUCCCCGUCAGCGUCUAGGCAGGCCGUCGCGGCCCUUGUGCUGGCCGCCGUGGCCGCCGUCGCGAUCGCCGGCGAGGUCAAGGAGACCCCCGAAGGCCUCAAGAUCGAGAUGCUGAGUGUGCCCGACGGCUGCAGCGUCAAGUCCAAGAACGGAGACAGCCUCACCAUGCACUACACCGGCACCUUGGCUGACGGCACCAAGUUCGACUCCAGCCACGACCGCGACCAGCCCUUCACCUUCCAGCUCGGCGUCGGCCAGGUCAUCAAGGGCUGGGACCAGGGACUCACCGACAUGUGCGUCGGCGAGGUCAGGAAGCUCACCAUCCCCCCCGCGCUGGCCUACGGUGACCGCGGUGCCGGCAACGUCAUCCCCGGAGGCGCCACCCUCACCUUCAACGUGGAGCUGCUCAACAUUGGCGACGCCGCCCCCACCACCAACGUGUUCAAGGAGAUCGACUCGGACAAGGACAACCAGCUCUCCCGCGAGGAGGUGAGCGGCUACCUGAAGAAGCAGAUGGUGGCGGCGGAGGGCAGCGAGGGCGCGGAGGACGUCAAGAAGAUGCUGGAGGAGCACGACAAGCUGGUGGACGAGAUCUUCCAGCACGAGGACAAGGACAAGAACGGCUUCAUCUCCCACGACGAGUUCUCGGGUCCUAAGCACGACGAGCUGUAGAGCGUCCCAUUCGAGUACCCUUAAUUUAUUGCCGGUCCCCGCGGCCAGGCGGCCCGCCCCUCGGGGGAGAUAUGUGUCCCAUUUUCCACCCUGAGCGAAGGCUCCUGGCGGCGGGGGCCAACAUUUUUUGUACCUCGAAAAGUAUUUUGCCUGAGGGCGUCAGGACUGAGUGAGUGAGUGUGUGUGCGUGUGUGUGAAUGCUAGCGAGGUGAGAGAAAAUUGUGACUGUCCCUUUUUUUACGAAAAGUGUAGUUAAAUUUUUGAAAAUGUCCAUCAUUGACCAGCCAAGUAGACUUUCCUUUCCGCUGGCGUGGACAAGGCUUUGCAACGUUGACGGUCUUCCAAAGCAGCAAGGACGAAUUUUUCUGUUGUAAAUGUGUACAUUUAAGACUUAGUUAUGCACAUGUGUUAGCACGAAUGAAUCGAAGCAUCAACGAAUGUAUCCUCUCUAAGUUUAGACAACUGAGUCUUUUCAGUCGUCAUUCUUACUUGCAAUUCUUGUGUCGUCUGUGUCUCCUUUCGGAUGCCUUUGUUACGAUUUGUUAUGUUUUGUUGUGUAAGUUAUAGAUCUAAGGAUACAACCUUACUGUUGUGAUUAUGCGCUGUUGAAUGUGUACUUUACAUCACUUGUACAUUUUGGGCUCAAAUCAAAGAUCACUUCUAUGCUACGUGGCAGCGAAGACUGUAUCUCAGCAGUAGGUGGUAAAUGCAACAGUAUGAUUGUACCGCGUUGUUAAAGCUGAAGUCGUUUCAAUAAAAAAAGGAAAAAUCUUA